AAAACUUACUGGCAGGCUGUUAGGUUUCUCUGUAUUAGGAACAGCAUCUGCAGAGUGAUGUGACAGUUCCACCUGCUCAUUGCUGUGGUUGCUGGGCCAGCUAGGACAAGGUUUUGCAGGGCUUUGAGCAAAAUGUGGUCCUAGAGCAGCUAAGGCAAGACUCCAGUUUCUAAUCCCAAUUUAAAACCCAUUAGGAUUGAGUUUGCAUUCCUAGAGUCUGGUGAUGAAGACCGUGGGGUGUUUCUUUGUUUGGAAUGUAGCAGAAAUCCUUUUCUCUUGCCUGGCUGAGUGGCUUUCAGUCCUUGUGUUGCUGUACAGAAACUGAAGAUGGUGAUGCAGAAUGAAGGCCCCAUGUGCCAGGUGCAAGAUAAGAGCUAAUCCCUGCAUUGGAAAAAAAGAAUAUCGUCUACAUAAAGUAAGGCAGAUGCAGCCAAGUCCCAUCCCAUUUUCUGAAUGCAGAUCUAAGCAUGCAGAGAGCUUAAAUGAUUCCCUUAUUGGCAUGUCCAGAGUCUCUCAUCCCCUGAGAUGCCCUAAUACCCCAAUCAACCCCUUUCCUAUGUUGAAGGGAUGGCUAUAACCCAAAAGGAUUGGCUGGGUCAUGAAAACCAACUGCUCAGCCCAAGGGGAGACAUCAUCACUAAAAUAUGAGGGUGUUGUUUUUGCAGUGGGGAUCGUGCCUGAGCCGUUAAUCACGCCAUGUUAGACACAGUGCCUCAGCAGGAACAGUCUCAGCCUUGAUCUUGGCCAAGAGGUGGGGAAGCCAAGAGCCAGGCUGUCCUCCCGUGCUUUACCAUGAGGAGCAGAACCCAACCUGUGAGCAGCCUGGACUUGGCCCUGGAUUAUAUUACCUGCAAAUGCUCUGGUUUGCAUCAGUCCUCAUUUGCUGCACCACCUCUGCAGAACUCCAUCUGUGUGACAAUUUGAUGGCUUACUGUUUAUUAAAGUGUCUCCACUAAUGCAAAGAGGAUAAAUAUUUUCCUUCCACCUUUCCUCUGCAGCAGGGUGCCUGCUCUGAUCCUUCCUCUUGCUACCUCUGGGGUUGCUAUAAGACUGCUUCUCCCCCAGCCUACAGGGAGAGGAGUCAGACCUGUGUUUAUGGAGGCAGCAUGCUGCCCUGGCUGGCGCAGCAAUUUGUUGCGUUCAGAACCUAUUUUAAUAACCAUGAAUGACUAAGCACGUUGUUUGGGACUGGUGACUCCUUUUUCCGCUCUUUCUUUGAUCUAUUUAUUUUUAGGCUCCUCUGGGAGGGGAAAAGUAGAGACUGAAAUUCAGAAGACAGGAGAGAGAAACCUCUCCAAGCUGCAGCCCACCUCAGUGCUUGUGAGGUUUGGCAAACCAUCAGAAACUUUCCAGAGGGGUGCCGGUGUGGUCUUUCUCUGUUGGAAGAAGCAGGGUUGAGUCUUACUGAUGGCCUUCCAGAAAGCUGGAGUAGGAUUUGAGGAGGAAGUUCUUAGAGGUGGCAGUCUGAGUUCUCAGUGUACGUCUUACAGAGUACUCCGUUGUGCUGUAGCAAGUGUAUCUCCAGUGCAGGUACAGAAUUGUUUUGAAACACCUUCCUCUUGUGCAGCCCUGGAAGUAGGGGGUUCUCUUGCACAUGCAUACGUGACUUUUAAAAACCCACAGAGGAGUAUAGAAAUAAUGCAUAUUCUUUAUUAUUCUUAUCAUAGAACCAGGCUUUGGUUGAAAGGGACCUCAAAGUGCAUCCAGUUUCCCCACCACCACCACAGGCAGGGUUACUGCCCACUGGAUCAGGUUACCCAGGGCUCUAUCCAACCCAGUCUUUAAACCCAUCUUCUUCACAUUAGCACAUGCUCUUCUCUGUUGGUGCUUUGCUUCCAGCACCACCCUGCUGCCUCCUCCACAUCCUCUCCUAUUUCCUUCUCCCUCUUCAUCCUCUAUCCCUUGCUGACGUUAGGAAGAGAGCAGUACACAACUUCAGCAAGACAAACAAACAACAGGCUCAUCCUGGGCUGAUGCAAACCUGUUGUUUGUGAGUGGAAGAGCCAGUAACAUGGGAGAACAUGAGACACAGGUGGGGCUGUGUCCCAUCCAGGCUGGCAGCCAUCCACCAGCCCAGCACCAUGAGGUGCCUCAGGGGAAAGCCAUGAAGGGAACCUGGUCUUCAGGAGAAGACGGGUAACAGGAAGCCUUUUGUCUCAUCCCUCUGGUAUACACUGGUAGUCACCCAUGCUGACACAGAUGUGUCCCUUAACCAUCUGGUCUGGUCUUCAAUGUCCCCUGCAGGCUUGGUUACACCAAAUAAACUUAUUGACCCCUUCAUUGUUUGCUUUAUUUGCCCAUCGUGUUGGCUUUCCUGUUGGUUCCAACACACACAGCAGCCCUGUGAAAUUUAGGACCUCCCCAGCCCACCAAGCCAUAGGGCAGUGGCAUAUACCAGGGCAGGCAGCAGCCUGCGUGCGGGAGGUUGUAUUGCUGCCCCUGGAGGAGGGAUGCUCUGCAAGGUUGUAGGCUGCAAAAAGCUGUUCAAGUCAGUUGUUGUUCCUUAACUCAGCAUGCUCUGGGCAGGCUUAAAGCACUAAGUGAGGAUUUCCCUUCCCGUGCAGGUAAUGUCUACGUAAGCUUUUAUUUUACCCAGCUCUUCACAAGCCUUAGUGGCCCAUCUGCAGGAUUUCCUUGUGCUUUCUCUGCUGCCCUUCUGCAGCUGCCAUCACAAAGCCACCUGCGCCAGGCUGGCCUGCAGGGUGACAUGGUGUGUCCUCCUGAAUGACCUCCCUGUCCCUGCUGCUCUCUGCUACUGCACACAGCUCUCAUGGCACCUGGGGACCUUUAUUGUAACCCUGUGCCAGUGGUCGUGGCCGGGUCCUCAUCCGUCCUUCAUGGCAUCCCUGUUGCCCACCCCUGGAGCAGCCACACACCCUGCACUGUGCUACCUGCACUAUGAGUUCUGCUCGGUGCCCGCAGGCUCUAUCACUUUUCCAUCCACCCAAGGAUACAAAUGGCACUUUUUGCUCCACCUCACUCUGUGAUUUUUCUGCCACGUCUGUGGGAAUAAAUCACCGUAGUCCCUGUGGGUGAUGCUGAGGCUGGGGGAACCAGCCAGCUGCCCCCACCGGGCUGCUCCUCGUUACAGGAGGAGUGAGAAUAGUGGGGCUGAGCCCUCCCACAAGAAGCACAUUCGGGGUGCUGCCCACCCCCUGAGCGCUCCCCCCGGCUCUGCCCCCACCCCCCCAUUCCCCAGCUCCAGUGGCGAGGAGGAGGCAGUGCUGAGCCGGAUAUGCUGCGGCUCCCGCAGCCCUCCCUGUAGUGUCCCCGCCGCUCCUCCCGAUGCCUUCCGAGGAGACGGAUGGACGGACGGACGGGCAGCGAGAGAGCGCGGUGACGCCGCCGCCGCCGCCACCACGGAGAGGACGCAGGACCCCCCUCUGGGCCCCCCGUGCCCUUUCGACGGGGCGGCCUGGACCCCCCGACCCCCUCCGGGCCCUCAGCAGGGCUGCUUCGCAUGCAUCGCCAAGCCCCCGGCCCUCCGGCACGCCUCACCCGUCCUCUCGCCCUCCUCUGCCGCUCAGCUGAUGGAGAGCAAGGGCUGCAAAGGGGACAGCCUGCGGCCAGCGGGAACGUGCAAGCACUCGGUGGAGAAGAAGACCAUGACCAACCCAACCACUGUCAUCGAGAUCUACCCCGACACCAGCGAGGUGAAUGACUACUAUCUCUGGUCCAUCUUCAACUUCGUAUACCUCAACUUCUGCUGCCUCGGCUUCAUCGCUUUGGCCUAUUCUCUGAAAGUCCGGGAUAAGAAACUCCUCAAUGACUUAAAUGGUGCAGUGGAAGACGCCAAGACAGCCCGGCUUUUCAACAUCACCAGCUCAGCCCUUGCCACCUUCUGCAUCAUCCUCAUCUUCAUCUUCCUGCGGUACCCCCUCACUGAUUACUAGCAGGAGGCCAACAGCAGCACCGCCGCCAAAAUGCCUCUAUGCCAGAAGUGUCUGCAGUUGUUUCCUGUAGCAAGGACACGAGAGUAAAACAACUCCACCGUGACUGGAAGAAAAAAAAAAGAAAAGAGAAAAAAAAAAUCAAAAAAGUAAAUACAUAAAUAAAAAAUAAAUGAAUUUAUCAGCCCAGGCAAGCGUACUCUCCCUGCUCCUAAACAGUAUGUGCUGCUGUAGGAAAUGGUUUCACUUCUGCAAUUGUACAGGGAGGAAAAGAGACCAAGAAGAUCUUACUUCAUGGCAAACAGAGCUGUGCAAUGAGAGUGUGCAGAGCUGAAAGCUAAAUGUGAUGUGUGGCCCGAUGCGUGGCCACGGAGAGCUUUGGGCUGCAGACAGGGCUGGGAGGAAAGCAGAAUGCCCAAGGCCAAUGGGAUGGCCAAGGCUCAGAGCAUAUCAGGUGUGUUCAAACUGCCCGAAUGCCCAACAGCGUUCUGUUGUUUUCCUUCUGUGAUGCAGUUCUAUUGAAUUUAAUUCAUGGUUGAGAUAACCAUCCCAGAGGUCUGAGUGUUAGGGUGCUGGUUCUGGAGAGCCCCAGUGCCUCCAGAUCAACCCCAGAGCAUUAGAGGGCAAAUUUCUCCUUGAGAUCAUCCAGCAGUGCUGAGAACAAAGGUACCUCAUGGGGAACUCCAUGUGCUCUGUGAACCAAGUGCUACUGUAUUUCUGAAACACGGUCAAUAAAGAUACCUCUGAUAUCUA